AUGGAUCAACAUGACGAUUUCGACAGUGUUUCCUGGAAGCACGACCCGGAUAGCGACAUCUCACGGCCAACAACUGCAAGCACCGAUGCUGCAGAACCUAGUGGCAUUGAGCAUGACUCCAAUGGCAAGCGGAGAAUGAGCUCCGCCCAAGAAGAGCCCCAGGCCGGCCCGCUUGCCGACGCCGUCGACCUAGCGGGCAUCGGCGAUGGCGUUCUUGAAUGCCACGUUGACACUCCGCUCAAAGAAAAUGACGGCACAAAAGACGCAUAUAUCUCGUAUCUGGUCACCACACAUACCGACUUCAAAUCAUUCCAGAAGCCCGAUUUUACUGUUCGGCGGCGUUUCACCGAUUUCUACUUUCUAUACAAGACGCUCUAUCGCGAAUACCCAGCAUGCGCGGUGCCGCCCCUCCCGGACAAGCACAAGAUGGAGUACGUGCGGGGAGACCGCUUCGGCCCGGAGUUCACAACGCGACGGGCGUGGUCGCUGCAUCGCUUUUUGAAACGCCUGGCGCUUCACCCGGUGCUUCGACGGGCUCCUCUUCUCACUAUCUUCUUGGAGUCGCCAGACUGGAAUGCACACAUGCGCCUUCACUCAACACGGGUGUCCACACAUACCGGAUCGGAUGGUCAGUCAACCGGGAUCUUUGAUAACUUCACCGAUUCGUUCGUCAAUGCUUUCUCUAAAGUGCACAAACCAGACCGGCGCUUUAUCGAGGUCCGAGAGAAGGCCGAUAAGCUAGAUGAGGACCUAUCGCAUGUGGAAAAGACCGUGGCACGGGUCGCGCGGCGUGAAUCUGAUCUGGAGACAGACUAUGCGGAGCUUGCGACGCAGUUCCGCAAACUCGUGCCAUUAGAGCCUGCCGUUGAGAUGCCGCUACAGGUCUUUGCGGCUUCGGUGGAAGAGACCGCGCGCGGGAUGCGCAAUCUGAAGGACCACACGGACCAGAAUUACCUGGGAUCGCUGCGCGACACUGAAUCAUACAUCAUGUCUCUCAAGUCCCUGUUGAAAACCCGCGAGCAAAAACAGCUUGAUUUCGAGGCGUUGGUCGAAUACCGCAACAAAGCUGUGACCGAACGUGACUCUCUAGCUGCAAACCCAGCAGCCUACUAUGCCUCAAACCCGCUCACCUCCUCCCCAGCAUCUUUCAUUCGCUCCAAGAUGGAAGACAUGCGUGGCGUGGACCACGAACAGUCCCGUCGCGAGCGUGUGCGAAAGCUUGAGCUCCGCAUUGACGAAUUGACUCGCGAGGUUGAAUCCGCCAAGACUACAUCUGAGAUGUUCGACGAGGAGGUUGUCCGCGAAGUUGCGGAUUUCGAACGCAUCAAGGCGGUCGAAUUCCGAGAUGGGCUUGGCUCCUUUGCCGAUUCGCACAUAGAGUUCUAUCAAGGUGUGCUCUCCACAUGGGAGCGGUUUAUAGUAGAGAUGGAGAGUGAAGUUGAGCCGGGACUCGACUCUGACGCGGCUGCGAUUGGAGCCGUUUAA